CUGUCUGUGUACACAGCAUACACACACAGGCUGGGACAGGAAGAGGUGGUGGUGCGUUAGCUUUGGUGUGUGUGUGUGUGACUCUCGGGAGUAGAAGUGAUCAGCAGGGUCACAGCAUGGCAGCCAAGGCUAGAGUUUUGUAUGAUUUUGUUGCUGAACCAGGAAAUAAUGAGCUGACAGUCAAAGAAGGGGACAUUUUAACAAUAACCAACAAGGAUGUAGGUGGCGGAUGGAUAGAGGCAAAGAACCUUCAAGGUGAAAGAGGGCUUGUCCCUGUAGAUUAUAUUGAGUUUACAUCUGAUGGAGCCUCUGGAAAUGCAGCUGCAGAUCUAGCUUUUUUUGACUCGCUCUCUUCAAUAACAUCUAACAAUGCAAAUGCCAUAACCAACAACAGUGAACCGGCAAACAAUGCAAAUGAUCCAUGGUCAAGCUGGAAUGCACCCAAACCUCCCACGACAGAAAGUGCAAGCGACCCUUGGGGUACAAGUCAAAAAAAUGCCACAUCGAAUAAUUGGGAGCCCUCUACAUUUGGACACCCACAGGCCUACCAAGGACCAGCUGUGGAUGAUGAUGACUGGGAUGAUGACUGGGAUGACCAAAAGUCCUCUCCUCCUGGUUACCUUGGUGAGGGACAUGAGGCAGGGGGAGGAGCUCAGCGUGGACCUGGGAGACAAACAUCCAUGAAGAUACCCCUCAACAAAUUUCCAGGAUUUGCAAAAUCCGGGGUUGAUCAAUAUCUCAUGGCGAAACAGCUAGGAAAACCCAAAGAGAAAAUUCCAAUAAUUAUUGGAGAUUAUGGCCCGAUGUGGGUUUACCCAACCAACACCUUUGACUGCAUUGUAGCCGAUCCUCGUAAAGGCACCAAAAUGUAUGGGCUGAAGAGCUAUAUUGAGUACCAGCUAACAACAACAAACACAAACCGUUCAGUAAAUCACCGGUACAAACAUUUUGACUGGCUGUAUGAGCGUCUACUAGUGAAAUUUGGGUUAGCCAUACCCAUCCCCUCUCUUCCAGACAAGCAAGUUACAGGGCGCUUUGAAGAAGAGUUCAUAAAAAUGCGAAUGGAAAGGCUACAGGGAUGGAUGACACGAAUGUGUCGUCAUCCGGUUGUUUCAGAGAGCGAUGUUUUCCAGCAGUUCCUUAAUUUUCGAGAUGAGAAGGAAUGGAAAACCGGAAAGAGGAAAGCAGAGAAAGAUGAGACAGUUGGCUGUAUGAUUUUUUCUGCAAUUGAACCGGAAGCUCCAGAUCUUGACCUAAUAGAAGUGGAGCAAAAAUGCGAGGCAGUCAGUAAAUUUACCAGAGCGAUGGAUGAAGGUGUAAAAGAUUUGCUCACCGUGGGUCAGGAGCACUGGAAGCGAUGCACAGGACCAUUACCCAAGGAAUAUCAGAAGAUUGGGAAGGCAUUACAGAACUUGUCACAGGUUUUCAGCACCAGUGGUUAUCAAGGUGAAACAGAUCUGAACAGUGCAAUCACAGAAGCAGGGAAAACAUAUGAAGCUAUAGCGACUCUAGUAGAAGAACAGCCAAAGAAAGAUCUCCAUUUUCUUAUGGAAACUAAUCAUGAAUACAAGGGCUUCUUAAGUUGCUUUCCAGACAUUAUUUCUGCUCACAAGGGAGCAAUUGAGAAAGUGAAAGAAAGUGACAAGCUCGUGGCUACAAGUAAAAUUACGCAACAGGAUAAGUUAAAUAUGAUUAAACGAGUGAGCACUAUGUCGUUUGCACUUCAAGCCGAAAUGAAUCACUUUCACUCCAAUCGGAUUUACGAUUACAAUAGCGUAAUUCGCCUAUACCUUGAGCAGCAGGUCCAGUUUUAUGAAGCGAUUGCUGAAAAGUUGAAGGAGGCCCUCAGCCGAUUUCCUGUCAUGUAACAAGAUUACUCAGCACGGACCGGAAAAGUAACUUGGAAGUGCCUAUUUCCGAUUGGUGGACAUCUUUAAGCCAUCAGGACUCUGCACCCAGGAGUGAAAACCUGGAUUUGCACUGCUGCAUUUAUAAUGCAUCUUUACUCAAAUUAGGAUGUUUGGUUAAAAUAGUUACCUGUCCUUCGAUGAUGGGAUUUUCCAGUGCACUUACAUGUUAUGGCUUAUGAAGUACCUGUUUAUUUUGAGUUAAAACAAAUGAACUUGCAUAAAUUUAAUGCCUUUUUUGCUUC